GAUGAGAUAGCAAAUCAUCGAGAUAUCCAAUUCAUGCCGGUCGACAUAAAAGAAUCCAAAGAAUAUAUUAAUCAAAUUCCCAUUAUAUUCUUCGUCUCUAUGGAUAUCUCAUUAAUGGCCAGAAAUCAGUUAUCACCAUUACUUGUAUCAAGGAAAGACAGUAGAGGGAGUACUAUGAACAUAAAUCUAAUCCAAAUGGAAUGUAUAAAGGCAUAUCCUAUUCGUGAUUAUCAUGUGAAAAAAAAGCCAUAUCUCUGUAUUGUCGCAUCCAAUAGAGACGAAAGGUUUACUGCUCUCAAUAUUAUCUCAAGCUACAAUUCAAAGGUUGAUCCUGAAUAUAAAAUAGAGACAGCUUCAGACAAUACAGACACAUAUUAUCGUAAAGUUGCAAGAGAGCAUCAGAUAUCAUUUUCUGGGUGUGGAUUAAUAAGCAAUUAUAGAUAUAAUUUUAGUGCACCUUAUUAUGCGAAAUCCCAUCACUGCUCACAUGCAUUUUAUGCACACAUUAAUAACUUUCGCCUCAUAGACAAUUUUGAAUCACUUUACAAAAUCUAUCCAUCUUCUCUCUUUACUCACGAUCGAGCAUUGGUUCUAACAUGUGACAUAGAAACAUAUAAUUCACGUGGAUCAGCUCUAAACCCGCACGGGAUAACAAUUAUAUGUGAGAAUCAAGCCAAUUUAUUAAAAGCUUUUGCUUUAUGUUGGAAAUCUUUUGCCUCAGAUAUCCAGCUUAGUUUUAAUAAUUCAGGAUAUGAUUGGUCUUUUAUUGUAAAAAAGACAGAUAGGAGUUUACUAGAUAAGGAUCGUAAAAAAACAGGAUGUCGAGAAUCCAUUAAGAUCAAAAUCCAUCCUAGUUUAAGUAUUGAAUCUUACUUUCUUAAACUCCCUAGAUGUGUAUCAAUUGACUUUCUUGCAAGUUUUAUGCAACUUCACCUCCUCUCUGAGAAAACAUCAUUCAAAUUCUUCUUAGAAAAGUGUGGUCUCAAUGGCAAAGAUGAUAUGCCUAUAAGCAAAUUAUGGAAGUAUUAUUCAGAAAAGCUCAUGGUCAAAUCUAAUGUUAUAAAUGAUUACAGAGAGGUGGUCUCAAUCGCUCAUAUAUCAUUAUUUGACUCACAUUAUUAUACUAUAGGAACAAAAGUAUCUAAUCUCUUAGGCGUUGAAGCUUAG